AGCAGAGACACCGGCGACCCCAUGCUGUGACCUGCAGGCUUGCAGAGGCUCUCCUGUCCCCGGCCCCGCAUGCCGGCAGCGCCGGGUUGGGCCGGGCGGGCAAUGUCCCCUGCCUCCGGGGAUGCCCGGGCCACCGAACUGGGGAAGCAACCCUGGCCCGCACAGCGGCGACGGUUCCGAGAAGGGCCGAGGCGCUGCGGGUCGGUGGAGAGACCGGGAGACGGGCUGGGGCCCAGACGCCGAGCCGGCACCACGGGACCUCCCUUCUCCCCUGCUGCCGCGACCCCAGGCCCUCUCUCAGCUCCUUUGCCUGCUGCCGUGGCCUUGGGGGCACCCAGCCCCUGUGGUCAGCCCAGGGCUUCCCCCGCCCAUGCAGUCCUUCAUGACCACUGCCAAGGGCCUCAGUGGCUCUGUCUUUGGGACUUUUACCUUCCCUACCUUUAAGUUCCAGCCUCACUGUGAAAGCAUAGACUGGAGGCGCAUUAGCGCCCUGGAUGUGGACCGCGUGGCACGGGAGGUGGACGUGGCCAUCCUGCAGGAGCUCCUCAAUGGUGUCACCUUCUGCAACUUGGACCGGGAGGUGUGCAGCCACUGUGGGCAGCCUGUGGACCCUGCACUGCUCAAGGUUCUGCGCUUGACACAGCUCAUCAUCGAGUACCUGCUGCACUGCCAGGACUUCCUGAGUGCCAGUGUGGUCCAGCUGGAGGCACGGUUGCAGGCCAGCCUGGAGCAGCAGGAACGUGGCCAGCAGGAGCUGGCCCGCCAGGCUGAUGAGCUCAAGGGCGUGCGGCAGGAGAGCCACCAGCGUCGCAAGUUGAUCGGCACCUUGCAGCAACUGCUUCUGCACACAGGCGCCUACAGCUACCACCCGUGCCACCUGUGUGACAAGACAUUCAUGAAUGCCGCCUAUCUCCGGGGCCACAUCCAGCGCAGGCAUGCGGGCACGGCAGAAGGCGAUAAGGCAGAAAAACAGAAAAAUGAGUUAAAACAACCACUGGAGGAGUUAGAAGAGCUGCAGGCCAAGCUGAAGUGGACCCAAGGAGAGCUGGAGGCACUGAUGGACGCUGAGAGGCAGCGGCAGCUCCAGGAAGCAGAGAGCACUCAUCAGAUAGAAAUACAAGCUGAGAAGCUGUUUAAUGAAUGGAAAGAAAAAGAGCUGGUCAAUCUAUAUGGGGAAAUAGACAAACUAAAAAAAUUCCUGUGGGAUGAACUUAAAAGUGUCGCCAAACAAACUUCCAUGUUAGAAGAGAAAUUGCAGGCACUGCAGUCCCACAGUGUGAGAGAGUCCAACCUCGGGUCACUGCAGGAUGAGGAAUCUGAGGAGCAACUCAGGCAGGCCCAGGUGCUCCAGGCCCUGAUGGAGAAAAUGGAAGUACAGGAAGCGGAAUGGAAGAGAAAAAUGCAGGACCUGCAGAGGAAGCACGCAGCUCAGAGCAGAGAGUUCCAGGAGCAGAACAAGAGGCUCCAGGAGCAGAACAGGAUUCUCCAGGAGCAGAGGAAAGCUGCUGCCCAGCCUCAGCAGCAGAUCAAUGCCCUCCAUGCCCAGCUGCAGGAACAAGCCCAACUCAUCGCCUCCCAGGAGGACAUGAUCCAGACCCUGUCUCUCAGGAAGGUGGAGGGGAUCCACGAAGGCCCGAAGGCUGUGGCCACUGAAGAGGACUCUUCUGACCAAGAGCUGGAGGACUCCCGAGAUGGGCAGCAGAAGGUGCUGGCAGCUGUGAGGCAGAACCCCACCUUGCUGAAGCAGUUCAGGCCAGUCCUGGAGGACGCCCUGGAAGAGAAACUGGAAAGCCUGGGGAUAAAGAGAGGUACAAAGGGAAUCCCUACUCAGGUUCUCAGACAACUGGAGCCCAUCCUGAGAGCCCAGCGGGAGAAGGCUAGGUGGUUUCCUAAAUUUCGGAGUCUGAGAGAAAAACUCAUCAGGGAAGUCACCAGCAGGAUGAAAGAGAGAGUGAGGAAUGGGGCCCUGGCAUCCCAGCCAGGUGGCAAGACUCCAGUCAAAAGCCAGCGGAACCGAAUGGUUACCAAAGAACCCCAGCCACAGACCAGGACCCUGCAUGUGGCAGUGCCAUCCAAGUUGUCAGAGCCACCGACGAUGGCUGGUCAGAGUCACAGCAGCCGUGGCCCUGGCCCAGCCCUUGUGCCCAUCCCUACUCCACGCUCCCGAGCUCAUGGACCCUCCGGUACCUCUGCUUCCUCAGGGCCUGGGCUGAGUACGCCCCCGUUCAGUUCUGAAGAGGACACGGAGGGAGAUUCCGGGCGGCAGGCAUCUCUUCCACCCCCACAAGUUCCUUCCAAGAUGGGGCCCCAGCCAGAGGACAACGGGGACUGGUCUGACACUGAGACCUCUGAGGGGCGUGUGCAGCCUCCUGGCGAGGGCUCAGGUGGGCUGGCGUCCUCAGGGACACUGGUGCAGUCGAUGGUCAGAAACCUGGAGAAGCAGCUAGAGGCUCCAGUGAAGAAGCCAGCUGGAGGGGUCAGUCUGCACUUAAUGCCCAACGCCGGGCCACCAAGGGAUACCGUGCCAGGAAGGAAGCCUCAGCUCUUGGAUGAUGAGAGUGACUUGGAGAUUUCAUCCUUGGAGGAUCUUCCACAGGACCUGGGCUGGAUUGGGAAACCAAGACCCCUGUCUCGCUCAAAGCUCCCGGAGAAGUUUGGCACCACCCCUCGGGGCCCUGGCAACCCCAGGGUGCUUGGCUGGUGAUCCUGUCCCCAGGUGUGGCUGCAGCCAGCUCAGGGCCCACUCCGGCAGAACAGGCUGCUGGGCCGCUUGUCUUCAGUGACGGAGAGGUCUUCUCCCAAGGAGAGACGCAGAGCAGAAGAUGGAUGUGAUUUCUCCCCUCCUGCCUCCUGCCCUGCUCCAGAGCGCCGGGGUGCCUGGCCGGGUGUCUUCAGAUCCCACAGCUUGAGCAAGGGUGGUAAUGAGCAGUGUCCUUCCUCCACCUGCUCCAGACUGAAAGGAGCCACUUGGUCUCUAUUCCCCAGUGUUCAGUAAGCCUGCGGGAAUGCUGUGGGGAUGGGUCUUCUGUGUGUCUCCCUGUGUCAUUCGUGGUUGAUCCUGUGCCAGGUCCUCGACCUCUCACGGCCAAGGUGGGGUGCGGGCAUGGGUGGGUGGUGCAGAAAGUAUGGGGAGCAAUCUAAUGACAGAGGUUAGUGUGCAUAUUACGGGCUGCCCAGUGCAGCCGGGAGUGGUCUUGGAGAGCUUCCCAGAGUUGACGUCUGGCAGUGUCCACUCUUGGGUAGGUGGGAAGGAAGCCUCAUAGCCACCAAAGGACCACACAUUUAAUUUCUGAUGUUAGGUUAUAAGUAUAACCACUGUAUUUUUUUAAAUGUGAAAAGCAUUAAUUUAUUGUAUGUAAACAUUGAAAUACAGCAUGACUUUUAACUCUUGGGUUUUCUGCAUUAUUCCUAGGGCCUCAGCAGGGGCAGGCAGGGGUGAAACAACUUGCACUCAAUCAUGUCGGUUAAGCCAGAGCACAGAGAUCAAGGGCUGUGUGUGGGACUUGGGGCCAGCCCAGCCCUGGCUGGCUGGGGCGUCAAUUCCCUUUGUGUAUCCCAUACCUCUGAAAGCUGAGAAUGCAGACAGACAAUUCCAGUGGCUGUGUGGGGAGGAGAAGGGGCCGCAAGUAGGGAGUGGUGGUGGGUCCUCACCCCCAUCCCAGCAGUCUGCCAACAAAGUCCUGUUUUCUUUUCACCUGGGUUUGGGCAAGGGAGGCAUAAAAGAUGUGAUGCCCCUGGCUAUAUCCCGGUUCCCUGCAGCAUACAGCAAACGUCCCGUGCCAGGCCCUCACGUCACAAACACACGCCCGAGGUCACUUGUUUGCCUCAGACUUGUUUCUGACACUGAGAGGCGGCACGGUCUGCUUGCAGGAGCCCGGAGGUGUGGGAGAGCAACACUACCAGGCAGCCCACAUGCAAGGUGGGACGCGCGUUGGUGAGUAACCAGUCCGGCCCUACCAUGCUGCGGUAGGACAAUUCUGAGGUCUAUCAGGCAGUUUCUCAAAGUUCCCAGUGGGAGUGAAUCCCAGUUACCUACAGCAAUCACUACUUACUAAUGGGCCCUUUGUUGGCCUCGCUCCCUCCUGUUUCAUCUUUCUCACUUCUGCUUCUUGGGAGCAUCUCUGAAAUGAAUUAACCUGUACCCAAGUCCUUGCCUCAGGCUCUGCUUUUAAGGGGAACCCAAGUGAAACAGAUGUGUGUACACAUGUGUCUGCCAUGUACACAUAAACUGGUGAUAAUUACCAAUGAGAAUGACUCUGUUACUGAAUGCUCAUUAUUAAGUUUUAUGUUUCCAAGUGUGUUUAUCUACUUUAGAGACUAACAUAUUAGUUUUGCAUUUCCAUCCUGUUUACUCCUUAAUACAUCCAAAUACAUUUUUAAAACUUUUGGCAAGAUUUAUAAGAACUUUGGAGUGUAUGUAUAUUAGUUAGGGUUCUCCAGAGAACCAAAAGCAAUAGGAUUUAUCUAUCUAUCUAUCUAUCUAUCUAUCUAUCUAUCUAUCUAUCUAUCUAUCAUCUAUCUAUCUAUCUAUCUAUCUAUCAUCUAUCUAUAUCUAUGUACCUAUCAUCUAUCUAUCUCGAUAUGGGGGGGAUGUAUUAUGGGAAUUGGUCACAUGGUUAUGGAGGCUAAGAAGUCACAUGACUUACUAUCUGCAAGCUGGAGAAGAAAAGCUGCUGGUGUCAGUCCUAGAGUCCAAAGUCCAUGAGCCAGGAGCUGUGAUGUUCAUGGGCAAGAGAGGAUAGACACCCCAGCUCAAGAAGAGACAUCUAAUUCCUUCUUCCUCUACUUUUUGUUCUAUUUGGGCCUUUAGCAGAUUGGAUGAUGCCUUACCACAUUGGUGGGGGUGCAUCUUCGUUACCAACUCUACUGAUUGAAAUGCUAAUCUCUUCCAGAAACACCUUGAGAGAAAUACAUAGAAAUACUGUUUAGUCAGCUUUCUGGUCAUCCCUUAGCCCAGUCAAACUGACACAUAAAAUUAACCAUCACAAUAUGUAAUAAAUUAUUUAGAAAUUACACAGAUGAUAAGAUUGGUGUAAGAAAAUUAGAAAGCAG